UUGUAUUUUUCUUAAAUUUAUUUCGUUUAUUUUUUUUUAUUAUCUUGCAAUAACUUUGACUUUUUUUUUGAGUAAUGGAUGUAAGUUUAAUAGUUUUGAAUUUUUUUCUAAAAUUCAUUUUCAGUUUAUUGAUUUGGUUGAGAGUAGUCCUGAGCCUUACGAUGACCGUCGAACUUCAGCAUUUCAAAUGGAAGGAAGUCGAACAGUAAAACCUGAACGUAGCGGUAUUAGAUGGGGAACAAAUAGCAAUUUAAACGAGCAGAGUUCUCUGACUGUUCCUGGUGGAUUUGGAUUUGCUCGAUCUCGUAGCCGUGUUGAUGAUUAUACAGAUUCAUUUGGAAGAAUGGAAUCGACACAGUUUUUCAAUCGAUCAACAAAUGGGACUCGUUUCUUUGAUAAUAGAUUGUCUGAAGGAGGGGGAAGAGAAAAUAGAGGAGUUUUUGAGAGAGGACGAAAACUUGUUUCGGAAAGAGGUGAGGGAUAUGAGAAUCACGAUGUUGGUGGUGGCUUUUUCUCGUCAGGACUUAAUCUGCAACUACUUCAUCGUAGUGCACGUCAUGCAGACAAUAAUGAUUUGUCUCAUCAGUCUGCAACUAUUGAAAGUUCACUGAAACGUCAAUCUUUACCAAUUAUUUAUGGAACUAGAAAGAGGCAAUUUUUUGACGAUCCUCCUGUUACAAUUAAACGAACUAUCGGAAGUAAUUCUUUAACAAAUGAAUCCCAUAUGUCGCUAGCUGCUAAACAGCCUCGAUUUUCUUUUGUUUCGUUUUUGGCAUUUGAAAUGCGACAAGAAACAAAUUUUAUUAAUUCUUUGGAUGAUCCAAUAAAUGUUAAUUUAAAUCAUUCUAAGAGACUUUUGAAUGCAGAAAUUAGUAGAUUGGAAGAAUCUUAUAAUACUGAAUGGUUAGAAUUGGACAAUAAAAGAAUUAAAAUUUGUCGUUAUGUUUUGGUACCUACUUAUCGAUAUCCGAAAAUUAAUUUUGUUGGACGUUUAAUUGGUGUUAAAGGAUUGACUUUACAAAAAAUUUGUAAAAAAUAUAAAUGUUCUUUGUCCAUUCAAGGAGCACAUUCUACAAAGGAUCGUACACAGGAAAUUGAAUUGCUUACUUCUGGUGACCCUCGUUAUGCACAUUUUGCUGGACCUUUGCAUGUUCGAGUUGAUGUUUAUUCUGUUCCGCAUAUUGCCCAUAUGCGAAUGGCCGCAGUUUUGAAUUUACUUCAUAAGGCGUUUAUUCCCGUAAUUUAA